AUGUCGUCGAUUCUCCGCACCUUAAGGCCAGUCACGAGCUCAGUCCGUCAGGCCUCGAAUAUUGCCGCGCCAGAGCCCGUUUGGGACAACCUGCCACAUUGUACCCAGGUAACCUUUGCUUUUGAUGAUUUUGUGAGAAAAAUGAUUUUGGUAUCGCUUUUUUAGCCAAAAAGUAAAGAAAUUUUAAAUUUUUGACUUUGAUCAAGUUUGCACAGUGCAAUUUGCUUAUUUUUGUCACUGCACGGUGCAAUUCUUAAAAAUUUUAAAAACUGCGCAGCUGCAAUUAAAAAAGUUCAUUCUAAUAAAAAUUGAAAAGAAUAGUCAUAAAUUAGUACAGCUUGAUAUAAAAGUAGGUAAUCAGCAAAAGAUCGCUUUGUACGAAGAUUGAAGGUCAUCAACACAUAAAUUUUCACUUUUUGUUAUCUUCUGAUUGCAAAAUGGUGUCAUCAACUGAUCUUUGGGCUUGCUAGUUUACUAAUAAUUCUAGAUUAGUAGAAAAUUGGCCUAGGUUAUACAAAAUUGGUCAAAAAGUUUUGGGAUUUGCUGCACUGUGCAAUUUUUUAGAAAAUUUAUGAUCGCACCGUGCAGUGACAAAAAAUAAUUUAAUUGCACCGUGCAACUUAUGUUUUUGAACAUUUUAGACUAAACUAAUAUUACAAAAGUAUUGAAGUCAUUUUUAGUUCGAUAAGAACUGACUUUGACUUAAUUGAAGCCCAAAAAACCAAAAACUUUAAAAAAGUUUGUAAUAGAUCAUAAGUCAAUACAAAUUGGAGACACUUUAGCGGUUAACUUGUUUACAAAUUUCCUGAUUGUUCGACUUGAAUUUCUUUCCUUGAAGACGAUCUUUGACUAAAUUUCCAGUCGAAAAAUCAAUUGAAAUGUAAAGGGCAAUGUUAGAGCACGUUUGAAUCACGUUUUUGUUAAAAUAACAGACGUCAAUUGAGAUUGUCUGCUAAUUCUCUAGAAUAACAAAGGUUAAUUGAACGAAAAUUGGAUAAACUGUUGUUUUGGCUACUGGGAAUUGGCUGGAAUUACUUUAAAUUACAUUAACAUUAAUCGAUAUUAGCUUUUGCUUAUGCUGUAGAUAGAUUUAUGACGUUUUUGGGAGAACAAUGAAUUAUGAGCGCGUUUUAAAGUUUUUUGGUUAAAAAAUUUAAUCUUAAUAUUGGAAAUGUAAAACAAACCAAUUUUAAUACCUAAAAUUAAAAAAAACUAAAACUUUGAUCGUUCCAGAUCUUCAUCAACAAUGAAUGGCGAAACUCGAAGAGUGGCAAGACUUUUGCCACUAUCAACCCAGCCACAGGCGAAAAGAUUGCUGAUGUGCAAGAAGGAGACAAGGCAGAUAUUGAUGAUGCCGUGAAGGCGGCCAGAGACGCCUUCAAGCUCGGAUCACCAUGGAGAACGAUGGAUGCUUCCGACCGUGGCCUUCUCCUUCAUCGUUUGGCUGAUCUCAUGGAAAGAGAUGCUUCUUACUUGGCUGUAAGUUUUGUUUUUGACAUUGGUUUUGUUGUUUUUAGGUAUUGAAGGUUUGUAAGGUCAUAAAUUGUAUGAAUAUGUGGUUUUAGGCGAUCUUAAAUGGUUUUUUUUAUUACAAUGUUCAAAAACGAAGAUUUCAAAACAUGGUCAAUAUUUUCAUUAUAACUAUAACCUUUUCAGAGUUUGGAAACCCUGGACAAUGGCAAACCAUACACAAUGUCCCUCCUCGGCGACCUUCAACUCGCCAUCAACUGUUAUCGCUACUAUUCUGGAUGGGCCGACAAAAUCGAAGGCAAAACCAUCCCCGUCCGCGGCAAAUACUUCACUUACACCCAACACCACCCAGUCGGAGUCGUCGGCCAAAUCAUCCCAUGGAACUUCCCCCUCCUCAUGCAGGCCUGGAAACUUGGCCCAGCUCUGGCUGCCGGUAACACUAUUGUAAUGAAAGUAGCCGAACAAACCCCAUUGACCGCCUUGUAUGUAGCCAAAUUGGCCGCUGAAGCUGGAUUCCCAGCUGGAGUGUUGAACGUUGUCCCAGGAUAUGGCCACACAGCUGGAGCUGCGUUGUCAGUACAUCCAGAUGUUGAUAAGGUUGCUUUCACUGGUUCGACUGCUGUCGGGCAAAAAAUCAUGAUUGCUGCUGCUCAGAGUAACCUGAAAAAGUAAGUUUUGGUCAGUAAAACUUGUGGUAAUGCUCUGUUAUUGUAGAUUUUUAAGUUUUGGGGCCUUAAAAUUGACAUUUGUGGUUAAUAUUUUGCCUUUUUCGAAUUUUUAAAUUAAAGUUAUGACAAAAUUUCCAUUUAUUACCUGUUAUCUUUUCUAGUGUAACCUUGGAACUCGGAGGCAAAAGUCCAAACAUUGUCUUCGCCGACGCCGACCUAGACGAAGCCGUCCGUCAGUCCGCUCACGGUGUCUUCUUCAACCAAGGCCAAACGUGCUGUGCCGGUACUAGGACGUUUGUCGAACGCAAAAUCUACAACGAAUUCGUGGAACGAUCAAAGGUUUUGGCCGAAAGCCGCAAAGUCGGAGAUCCAUUCGAUUUGAGCACGGAACAAGGACCUCAAGUUGACGACAACCAACUCAACACCAUCCUCAGGUAUAUUGAUCACGGAAAGAACGAAGGAGCCAAACUCGUAGCCGGAGGCAAGCGCUUCGGCGACAAGGGUUACUUUGUGAGCCCCACUGUCUUUGCCGACGUCAACAACAACAUGAAGAUCGCCAGAGAGGAGAUCUUCGGCCCCGUCAUGUCCAUCAUCCCCUUCGACUGCGACAAGGACCUCGUAGCACAGGCCAACGACUCCAUGUACGGAUUGGCCGCUGGUAUCGUAACCAAAGAUCUCGACCGUGCUCUCCAGUUCGCCAACAACUUGCACGCCGGUACCGUCUGGAUUAACUGCUACAACGUGUUCGAUGCCGCAGCUCCAUUCGGUGGCUUCAAAAUGAGCGGAAUUGGCCGCGAAUUGGGAGAAUACGCCUUGGACAACUACACCGAGCCAAAGAGUGUCACGAUUGCUGUACCGGAAAAGAACUCAUAG